GUGCCCUUCGAGCCAAGAACAUCAGCUCUGCCAAUGCCUCGCUGCAUAUCAUGGACUCCUCUGCUGGAGGUGACGGAGGUGGAAUCUUCUGCGAACAUGUUACGGCCUCGCAGAGCCAAGUUGCGAUCCGACGCACGUCGGCUCAGACCCAGGGAGGCGCCAUUUUCCUUGAGACGCUGGACAUGGACAGCAGUCAGAUGAGCCUGGAGAACAGCUUUGGACAGGAAGGAGGCUGCAUGUUCGCCCUGUCUACGCUUCGCAUCAUGGGCGAGCUGAAGCUCAACAGAUGUCUGGCGCGCCACGCCGGCGGAGGCGUCUUCGUCAAGGCUGGCGACUUGCACCUCGAGGACCUUGAGGCAAAGACAUGCCGUGCUUCCGACGGCACGGGCGGGGGUCUGUGGGUUGGCGCUGGGAGCGUUCAUUUGUCUAAUGCCUCAUUCGAAGAUUGCUCGGCGUCAAACGGCCGUGCUCUUCGCGCGAAUGGGACAGUCAAUGUUCUGUCCCUUGUACAGCUUGGACAGCCGGAAGCGGCCGGCUUCUUUGUGACGAAUGAGAAGAAGGACUGCCUUGAGGUGCAGACCUUGACAUGCCCCAAAGGCUCCGGAGAACGACGCGACGGCGAUGCCAUCGGUUGCUACUACCUUUGCCAACCCGGUUUCACCCGUCUAACCAGCGAUGGCAACGACCCAUGCGUGGAGUGCCCCGCCGAGCCGACCCGCAGCUGCACUUCCACACGCCUUGAGCUGCAAGCUGGUUUCAUGGUCACCAUCACCGACCCAAAGAACCUGUCGAAUUGGUACAGGUGCCCCAAUUCAAAAGCCUGCCCAG